UAUUAUGAAUUGAGUCUGGUUUGAGUUCUUGGCGCGUCAACACGCUUCUAAUAAAAAAAAAUUAGAAAAAUCGCACAGCGCGCGCGCCCAUACUAAAACAGCGAGAGUGUAGCGCCGAAAAGGUCAUCGAAACAGGCGACAUGGGCAGAACAUUGGAAAUAACUAAGCCAGAGCUGCAGCAGCAGCAGCAACAACCGACAGGUAAGAACCCAGAAAAGGUGGACGUGGAGAGCACUGUGAAGCGGCGUCAUGCCACAAGCAAUUUGGAAGCAGCGACACAUCUGUUCAAGGGCAGCGUAGGCGCCGGCCUCUUUGCCAUGGGCGAUUGUUUUAAAAAUGGCGGUCUAAUCGGCUCCACUUUGAUGCUGCCUGUGAUUGCGAUCAUGUGCGUCCAUUGCGAACGGCUGCUCAUACGCGGCUCCCUGCUGGCCGUUGCCCAAACGCCAGGCGCCACCUUUUACGAUUAUCCGGAGACGGUCGAGAAGUGCUUCGAAUAUGGGCCGCGGCCGCUGCGCUGCAUGUCGCGUGCCAUGAAGCUCAUUGUCGAGAUGUUUCUCUGUGUGACGCAGUUCGGCUUCUGUGCCAUCUACUUUGUCUUCAUUACGGAGAAUCUCUAUCAGGUGAUGCAACAGAAUGGCAUAGACAUCAGCAUGAGCUUGGUAAUGCUGAUCACUCUGCUGCCCGCGAUGAUACCAUCGUUGAUGACAAACCUAAAAUAUAUUUCACCAGUAUCGCUGCUGGCCAAUUGUGCGCUGCUCUUUGGGUUGAUUGCCACGCUGUCGAUCGCCUUCUCCGAGGGCCCGAUGCCAUCGAUAAAGGAGCGAAAUUAUUUUACAGGCGGCAGCCAACUGGCCCUUUUCUUUGGCACCGCACUCUUCUCAUACGAGGGCAUCGCACUGAUCCUGCCGCUGCGCAAUUCGAUGCGUGAGCCGGAAAAGUUCAGUAGUCGCUUCGGUGUCCUCAAUGUAACGAUGCUUUUCAUCACAUCGAUAUUCAUCUUUACGGGCUUCGUCAGCUAUAUGCGCUGGGGCGAAGAUGUUGCUGGCAGCAUAACGCUCAAUCUGGACGUGGAGGAUGUCAUGUCGCAAGUUGUCAAAAUGGUUGCCGCUUUGGGUGUCUUCUUUGGCUACCCCAUACAGUUUUUCGUCAUGAUGAAGAUUCUGUGGCCGCCCGUAAAGCGGAACAAUAGCUGCGCUCAAAAAUAUCCGAUCACAAUGCAGGUGGCACUGCGUUUCAUCAUGAUAAUGAUGACCUUUUGUGUCGCCCUGGUUGUGCCUCAAUUGAACCUAUUUAUCUCACUAAUCGGUGCAUUAUGCUCAACAUCACUGGCAUUUGUCAUACCAAUCAUAAUUGACUUUGUUACACGCACCCAGGUACCGAAAGGCCUUGGCACCUGGAUCUAUUUGAAGAAUAUCGUCAUUCUGACCAUCGCAAUAUUGGGAAUUGUCACUGGCACCUAUCAGAGCGUCGUUGAGAUUAUUAGAGAGUUUAAAUAGUUCGGCUCAAUUUAUGGCCAAAAGCUUGCCAAAUAGUUUGUAAAUAUUCUGUAACCGUGUGAAUACCUUAUAAUGUUUAAAUGUCCUCGUAGUUUUAAGUCUAAUGUCUAUGUAAUUUUUUUUCAUAUAACUUUUUUUUGUUAUUAAUUUUAAGAUAUGCCUGCCGUGCUUAUUUCGUAUGUGGCCCGAUUAUUUAAUAGUCAACUGUUAAUAAGCUUUCAGUUAAACGAAACAACUAGAUAAAA